AUGCACCUGUCGGGACACUCUUGCCCUGAGGUUGGAAUGCACAAUUUGCAGAAACACCUCCCAAACUGCAGUAUCGUAUCUCAGGAUGAUUUCUUUAAGCCAGAGUCUGAGAUAGAGAUAGACGCAAAUGGAUUUCUGCAGUAUGACGUGCUUGAAGCGCUCAAUAUGGAAAAAAUGAUGUCCACCAUUUCCUGCUGGAUGGAAAGCCAAGGACAGUCCCUGGCAUCAACAGACUCUGGAAGUGCCGAGGAAAUUCCCAUACUGAUCAUCGAAGGCUUCCUUCUCUUUAAUUAUAAGCCCCUCGACACACUAUGGAACAGAAGCUACUUUCUGACCAUUCCGUAUGAAGAAUGUAAGAGGAGGAGGAGUACGAGAGUCUACGAGCCUCCAGACACCCCAGGGUACUUUGAUGGCCACGUGUGGCCCAUGUAUCUAAAGCACAGACGAGAAAUGGAGAAGAUCACGUGGGAGAUUGUGAGGAAUAAAUCAGGAAUUGGAAAUGAAGGCUACGGGUGCCUCCUUUCUGGCUACGAGUGCCUCCUUUCUGGCUACGAGUGCCUCCUUUCUGGCUACGGCUCCUCUUACCCGUGCAGUGAAUGGGACUUUGUAUCUAUUGCAGAAGGCACUCGCUCUUCUAUACUGAAAGGAGCGAACCUGCUGAAGUCUUCACUCUUCUGUGCAUGA